UCUGAAAUCAUAACCUCGCGUGGUGACAGAAAUGGCAGCGAGGGCGGCGGUUUCCGCUAAUUCUGGAGUUGGAAUGGGAUUAGUAAGAAAGGGUUUGUGCUCUUGUUUUUCCAGCCUUCCCUUUAAUCUACCUCAAUCUAAGCCUCCUCCCGCCGAACCCUCUACAAAUCUAUUCGUCUGUGGGCUUAACAAACGCACAACAAGUGAAGGCCUUCGUAAUGCUUUUGCUAAAUAUGGCGAAGUUGUCCAAGCUAGAGUUGUUACUGAUCAUGCUACUACAUUCUCUAAGGGUUUUGGUUUCGUGAAUUAUGCAACAAUACAAGAUGCUGAAUUAGGCAUGAAAAGCAUGGAUGGCCAGUAUUUGGAUGAUUGGGUUAUAUUUGUGGAGUAUGCAAUACCAAGAGGUUCUUUCCCCAAAUGAAGCAUGCAAUGGUGAACAGAAGAGGAGUGGAGAGUGGAUGAAUCUCGAUAGGAUCAUUCGUGUUUCCAAUUUAUUUUUUGAUUAUUCAUCUUCAUAUAUACGAAUUUGGCUGACAUGUUCAAAGCCCUAAAUGAAUGCUGCUUGUUUCAUCACCUAUUAUAUAUGCCUUCUCUCUCUCUCACUCUGUAAGGGAAAAUCUUAUUUCUA